AUGAGUCACCACGAGGAUCAUGCAUCCGAUGCUUCGGAUACGGACGUCGAGAAGCAGGACGACAAUGACGGCCAGGUUCGCUCUCCUGGAGGAACCCCAAGGUCCACCCUGCAGAGGAAAGAGGGAGCUGGGCAUGACAAGAAUGAGCUCAAGCACUGGGAAUGCUACGAUAAGCUUGGGUAUUCCUUCCCCUGGUGGAAAAAAUGGGGCAUCAUCUCUGUCAUCUUUGCCGUCCAAACAUCCAUGAACUUCAAUGCUGGGUUCUAUGCCAGUAGUGUCAGCCUCUACGCGAAGCACUUCAACAUUACCGAACAGGCCGCAAGAGUGGGCCAAAUGGGCUUUCUCGUUGCAUAUGCAUUCGGCUGCGAGUUCUGGGCGCCUUUCAGCGAGGAGUUCGGCAGAUGGCCCAUCAUGCAGCUGAGUUUGUUCUUUGUCAACAUAUGGCAGAUACCCUGUGCACUGGCUCCCAAUUUUGGCACCAUCGUCAUCUGCCGUAUCCUUGGAGGCGUAUCGUCUGCCGGCGGCUCCGUGACAUUAGGCAUGGUUGCUGAUAUGUGGGAGCCGGAGGACCAGCAAUACGCCGUGGCAUUCAUCGUCUUGUCCUCAGUGGCAGGAUCGGUGAUUGCUCCAGUUGUCGGUGGCUUCGUGGCCACCUUCCUUUCCUGGCGCUGGAACUUCUGGAUACAGUUGAUACUGGGCGGGUUUGUGCAGAUAUUGCAUUUCAUGAUUCCUGAGACCAGAUGCAGCAUUCUUAUCACCAAAGAAGCCAAGCGACGCCGCAAGAAUGGAGAUAUGGUGUGGAGUGGCGAUGAGAUCACAAAGACUCGAAUGUCCUUCCGCUGGAUCUUCAUGGUAUGGGUGCGCCCGUUUAUCAUGUUCCUGCGUGAGCCAAUUGUUCUGUGUCUGUCACUUCUCAGUGGAUUCAGUGAUUCUCUGAUUUUCACAUUCCUUCAAUCGUACACUCCAGUGUACAAGCAGUGGCAUUUCAGCACCAUUACCACUGGACUCGCUUUCCUUCCACUCUUGGUGGGUUAUAUUAUCGCCUACGUUUCAUUCAUUCCAUGGAUCCACCGGCAUUGCCGGGUUCGAGAGAAAGAUCCAGAUGGCCUUCAACCAGAAGCUCGAUUAUACUGGUUGCUAUAUGUGGCACCUCUACUGUCCAUUGGUCUAUUCGGGUUCGCGUGGACAAGUCUUGGCCCGCCUCAGGUCCACUGGAUAGCCCCCAUGAUAUUCUCCGCUCUGAUCGCCAUUGCCAAUUACGCAAUUUACAUGGCCACGGUUGAUUAUAUGAUAGCAUCGUACGGACCAUGGUCUGCCUCAGCGACAGGUGGUAACGGAUUUGCUCGCGAUUUCCUGGCUGGCAUCGCAGCGAUGUAUUCUGUACCCAUGUAUGAGCACAUGGGAACAAAACACCAUCUAGAAUGGCCUUCAACGUUCCUGGCCUUUAUGGCCAUCGUCUUCACCAUACCGAUUUACGUGUUCUACUGGAAGGGACCCUACAUUCGUGAAAAGUCACCGUUUGCACAGACUGUGGCGGCCGACAGAAAAGCAGCUGGCCGCAGGGUUUCUCAAUGUGGUUCUGGAGAUCCGGAUCCCGUCGAGCGGUAUCUGUCACGAUCUUCCAACGAAGCUUGUGCUCGUGCUCAUGCUCAUUAUUGA